GAUAGGCGGCCGAAGAGAACCCGGAAGUCGAGAGCCAGCGCCGAGUCUUUUAACAGUGCUCUGUGAGGCGUCCCUGCGCUCUAUGCGCGUGCACAGUGCGAAACUAGAACAGCGCCGGGCGCGCGCACGUCGAGCGCGUACGGCCCCCGUUUCCUUCGUCGCAGUCUCCUGACUAAGGUAGAGGCGAACCGAGGCAAAAUGGCGGACAGGUUCUCCCGCUUCAACGAGGACAGGGACUUCCAGGGCAAUCACUUUGAUCAGUAUGAAGAAGGCCACUUGGAGAUUGAACAGGCGUCCUUAGACAAGCCUAUAGAAUCGGUAAGAAAUCAGUUUUCAUUCUCAAGCCCCGAGCAAGUGCAGCUCCACUAGUCAAGUUCAGAUCUUACAUUUAGAUUAAGGAACUCAGGGAUGUGUUCUAGUAUAUUUGCAUGUCUUAUGUUAAUGUUAAAAAUGAGGCAAGUCACUAAUCAAUCUAAUCUGAAAUGAGAAGAAAAAGCUAUCUCACCUCAGUAAAUUGAAAUAAUUUAUAGCAGCCGAUUCUGCUAAAUAUUGAAAAACCCUCUUUUAUGGCCCGAGUGGAUAUUGAGGAGUAAAAUAUAUUUUGCUCUUCCUUAGUUUACAUUUUCUUUGGCACAAGGAAGAAGACUGUAGAGCAAAGAGGGCAGCAUUAAGAAGAAUUUAGUAUAAAUAGGUUGCAUAGGAUUCUUUUUAAAACUGCCUAUGGCAUUAAUAAAAAUGUUGGUGCAAAUCUCCUUCUACCUAAAUGUCUUGGUGAGAGACUACAGACAGGAAAGAGAAGAGCCACUUGGCUUGCUUUUCCUUUUAAACAUGUCAGGUUUUUGAACUCUCUUAAUCAUGCCACAUUUGUGUGUCCCCCCCCCCAAAGGCCACGGAAUAGCUGUAGUUCAGCUGCCUAAAUGCCCUUUUGAGAUUCAUCAUUUAAUAUUUGUGCUGGGCUGUAAUGUCAUUGGAGUUGCAGUUUUAAAAAAGAUGUGAUGGAUACAUUUAAGGUAUUAUGGAUAAGGCUGUGGAAAUGAAAACAAAACAACUCCCCAGCAUUUUCAGGGCUGGAUUAAAAGAAUUAUGUCUGACCCCUUUACAACUUUCUGUCCUCCUCCAUCCUCUGAAUUUUAUGCCACAUCCUUCCUUGGAGUUUACUCUUUGAGGAACCUGAGAGGCCUUUUGCCUUCUGAUCGCCUCUUCUUUUGAGACAGUGCAGAGCACAACAAGGCUCCACCUCUCUCUCCUCCCACCUCAAUUCAUAAUCACCCUUGCAGUUUUACCCUGUGGGAUGAGCUGUAUUGUAAGCAAGCAUGGUAGCUGAGACUGUUGUGUACCUGCUGGCCACCCCUGAAGUAGCAGUUCAGAAGGUGAGCAAGCCCUCUCUGUAACUUGAGUAAUGUUGAACCAAUCCCACAUCAAGAAGCUGCACAUGAGUUGAGUAGGCUUCGUGUGCCAAAAACAAACAAGGGAAACAUAUUGGUUGAUCAAUUCCUAGGACCCCACAUGUAAGACCAUUGGGUCCUGGAAUCUUCCUUAAGAGCCUUGGAACCUAUGAACCCUGAGGAUGUUACUCUUCUUUUGUGUUCUCCAAGGUUGCAAAGGCAGUUUGUCUAAAAACUGUUCUUUGCAGGUGUGGAACAAGGGCCUAUUGACCUUUGUAUGGUAAUAAUAUCAGAGUGACAAGGCAAUUUUACCCCCAUCAGCAUUCUGGUGCUUGCAGCCGGCCCUUGUCAGAACACAGCACUUGCUCCUUGCCCUUUCCUACAUGUUCUUAUUUUGCUCUCUUUCUACACAGUGUUGCUCUUUGCUAAUCAGCCCACGCGGCUUUCACCCUGAUCAGUAGGAACCUCACCUGUGAAGUUAAUCCAGCCCUGUUAAUGCUUUGUAUACAGAGACUACAGGCUGUAGGCUCUCUAGAGUCCAGUUGCAUUUAGGAGCUCUAAAAACCUAAUAAAAAAAAGUAGUGUUAGGAACGAAGCAAUAUACAUAUAUUUGCUUUCCUGUGUAGUAGAUUGGUGUUUGUGUGUGAGUAUUUGUGUGCGUGUUGAGAUGUUCACAGAAAUUUACACAACUUGGGGUGUUCGACGUUUUUUCUUCCACAGCAGUUGGCCCAAAUUAGCUAAGCAGCCAUGACCUGGUUUGUAUUUGCACGGUCUGCAUUUUUAAUUUCUUUUCUAGGGUUUCCUCUCCUCCUUUCUCCUCUUCCCCCUCCCCCAUUUCUUAUUUCUGUUCUUCUGGUCCAGUGAACACUGCAUUCAGUAUCUACUGUCUUAUUGUGCUGGCAUGAUGCUAGAAUUAGGCAUGGCGGUCACUGAUGACACAUGAAAUAAUGCUGCAGAGGGGGGUGGGAAGGAUAGUGGUGAUGCAGCUGCAUUGGAUUCUCUUGAAUUAUUCAGCCUUGUUUGUGUGUACACGCACACCCCAAUUGAAAUGCGAAGCCAGCUUCCCUCUUUGCAAAUGUCAUGGAACAGUAUUGCGUGCCAUGCUGGCGAUGUUUGUAAUAAGACAAAUGACGCUGUGUUCCAUAGUCAUUCAUGCUCACAGGGUUCCCUUCUCUGCCUAUGCCAGAAAGGGACUGCGAGCCCAUGAAACCCCAUCCCCUUUCAUAGCUAAGAAACUGGGGCUUUCCUGUUAUCAUCAGAGACCUGUCUCAUUGAUUGCAAUGCAAUGUGUACAGCAGCUGUGGAAAAAAUCUCCAGUGCCUCAAUGUUUGCUUCUGGACCACAGAUCUACAGAAUGAACCAAUGUCUUAUUUUUCUAAGCAACAUGCCCCAAAUUAUUGUUUUUUAAAUGUCCUGAGUUGAAAACCCUCCUGCCUAUGUUAGUGGAAAGUUUAAAAUCAGCAUGUAGUCCUUUCAAGGUGCAAAAUGCUUUCACCUUGAUGAUUUUUGUGCAACCUGUAAUUCCUCUCCACCCCUCACCUUGGUUAGAGCCAUGUUAAUUUAGCUGAACUCAGGUACCUCUUAGAAAUCAAUGGGGGAUGCUAGUUGUGGGUUAACUUAAAGGCCUAUUGAUUUCAGAGGGAACUAAGUGCCGCUCACUCAGCCUGGGUUCAAUUUGUUAUCUUUAAUUAAACUUAAAUCAAAUUUACAGGAGAAAACCUCAAUAAAUAGCUUAAGCGAGCCACCUGAUGAAGAGCAGUUUGGAUCCAGGUCAUGGAAGUCACAGCCCACCUCCACUUGUUGUAAUCAUGUUGGCGUUUUAAUUCCUAUCCAUACUUAUUAUUUUCUUUGCCCAGUUUAAAUACCCAGAUUGCUAAUUUAGCUGUUGCAUCACCUAUCUCUUGGAGCAAGGCUUUUUGUCCAGUGUCAUAACAUGAUGUGGACUCGGUUUGGCUGGGAAAGGGGGGCCGGGGCCACCAUGGAAUCUUAAAGAAUUCCCAUGUCCACCAGGUGAAACCCCCACAAGUGCGGAAGGUGUUUUAAGGCAAACUUGUAUUUCAAAUAGGACUGAAUGUUUGACUGGACAGAAAAGAUUUAGUCCAUCAGCUGGCUGUAUAUUGUUAAAUAAGUCAAGUACCUGAAAUGCAUUAACUUCAUUAGAACAGCAAGAAAGAUUUUAGUUUUCCCAGACUCUCCAUCUCAAUAAGCUGAUGUGCCAUUGCAGCAGUCUAAUGUGUCUUCAGCUCUUUCAGCAGUAACUGUUUUUGUAUACAAAAUAAAAAAAUUCCUUCAGUAGCACCUUAAAGACCAACCAAGUUUUUAUUUUGAUAUGAGCUUUCGUGUGCAUGCACACAAAAGCUCAUACCAAAAUAAAAACUUAGUGCAUGCACACGAAAGCUCAUACCAAAAUAAAAACUUAGUUGGUCUUUAAGGUGCUACUGAAGGAUUUUUUUAAAUUUUGUUUCGACUCAGACCAACACGGCUACCUACCUGUAACUGUUUUUGUAUACGUGAGUCUUACCCCUCACAAGAGUAUGGCAAAGCAGACAGCCAAGUCACAUGGAGGCGAUACUUCUUGGUACUUCCAGCAAGAUGGAGUCAUGGGCAGUCCUAGGUAGCAACCUUUGUCACUGAUGACUGCUUGUGUUCUUGUUCUGGCUUGGAGGUGCCAUCAGCAGUUAUAGCAGGUGGCCAAUUGGAGAAGACUUUCUGCACUAUUAGGUUUGCCCUUGACUGCUGCUGGGCUAGGGCGACAGCUAGCCCUUUCUGGCAAAUGUUUCCAUAAUGAAAUAAAAAGAGUAAGCUGUCACCUACGUAGUGGCAUUCUUGACUUCAGUAAAUAGUUGCCAAUAUGUGAACAUGAGUGGGAGCCCUAAUUGCAAAAGGAGGCAAUAAGAUAACCAGUUAAUUUUUAAAAAUGUUAUGUCCACUCACAGACUUACUCAAAUAACUAAAAUAGCUUUAAAAUUUCCAGAGAGCCUAGAUCAGUGGUUCCCAAAUCAUUUUGAGCCACUGCCCCCUUGGUUUCAUAAACUCAUCCCCAAUGCCCCCUACCCCAUAAAUGCAUUAUUCAGAAUAGUGGUUUGCUUGACCCACUAAGGAAGAAUACAGUACCAAUUACACAUUUAUUCAAACACCCCCAAAAGCUGUUUAGUUUAAUUAAUUCAUCAACUUGAUGUAGUAAUACCAGCUUUUUAUUUACACCUCCAGCACCCUCAGCUUCCCUCUGGCCUCUUAACGACCCCCUGGAUAAUCUCCCUGCUCCCUAGAGAGUGAUACCACCCAUUUUGGGAACCAUUGGCUUAGAUUGUUGAACACCCAGGCUUUAUUCAGAGGAUAUAUAUAUAUAUAUAUAUAUAUAUAUAUAUAUAUAUGGGAAGGUGUUUGUCCAAUGGACUCUCAAACUGCUACGGACUGUGUUGUGGGAAGUUUAUUUUCCAGCAUGACUAGAACAGCUGUGAGUGUAUAUCAGGAAAAGUGAAACACUUUGAAAGGCUUAGUGCUGGAAUGUGCUCUGAUAGCAGUCAUUGUUGCUAACAUUUAAAAACACAGUGCUUAAAGCAUUUUUGCUCACCCUUGGGAAGCAAUAUAACACAGAACAUUUCCUUUUACCAUUCAAUGUUGAAAACUGAUUUUUUUUCUUUCCAGCAGCAAAUAAAACCCAAUUUUCAGCUGGAAACGUAAAGUGGAUUUACCAUAAGGGCUUAACGGUAGUAAGUAAAGCCUUCUAAAACAUAAGCGGAUUUAAGUUUCUAAAGAGCUGUUGAGAUCUCUUGGUUCUGGAAGCUAUAUAAAGCCCAAGGGAUAUUCCUGGAAAACUCUGGGGAAUGGCUUUGCUUGGGAACACAGCUGAAUUACAUGUGGCUCUGCAGCAUUAUCUAUUGAGGAGAUCCUUACCUGUAUUGCUACAACAUGGAACUUGAUAGUGACUGGAAAAAGCUUGGUUUGGGAGUCUACAGAUCUUUGCAUUGGUAAAGAAAAUGAUGCUGUUUACAUUAUUCUUCAGCAACUGGUGGCCAGAAUAGAAAAUGUCAACCCUCUCCCUCACUGGGGAUGCUUUUCUCCCCAACUGCUCUAUCUCAGGCUAGUGUUUCAGCCCCACACGCUUCAACACUGCUAUAGCCUCCAUACAUGUAGCCAGCAGGCCAAAAAAUAAACAAGUUCAGGUCUUUUCUUUAACAGUUAUUGUCCUGUGUAAUGAAUCCCUCUCUGGGGGCAUUCUCAUUAGAGUUUCGGGGGUUCAUGGGACCUUGGCUCAUCUCUAAAUAUCUUUGGGCAUGUCAUUUCCAUCUUCUGCUGGUACAGUAUCAGGUGUCGUGACCGCAGAAGUUUGAUGGCAAUGAUUAAUUAGACAAAAACAGAAAAAUAAAUUGCACACUUAAAUUGCUUUGAAGCACCAGGUAUGGAAACAUUAGAACUUGUCCAUCAUGAAUGAGGGAUAGUUGAGGUGGGUGGAAGAGCAUUGGAGCUAGUUCUUGUCAAGUUGGAAGAUGGGAGCAAGAUGAAGGUGAUCUGCUGCAACAGAGUCCAGUUGCUGCUUGGAGGAAGUGAGACAUGGAAGUUUCUUAAGAGUGAGACAGUACUACAUACUGGUCUGGCUUAUCUGGUCAGGCUAAUUUUCUUGAGGUUUCCUCCUGUAGUUGGAGCUGGAGUACAACCCCACAUAACGUCUCUCAUGACAUCUACAGUUUUCCUGGAAGUAGUUUGCAGAUUUCCUUUUGCAGAUAGCCACUCAGGAGAGGAGGCUGAAUUUGCCUGCACCACAAUGGUGUCCUCAAAUAUAGAAAGAACUACUAUAACAGUCCCUACCAUCUCCCACUUUCUUGCAGAAAGCAGGGGACUGUUUGCCUCCAACCUUCCUUCCAUCCCUGUCCUUUAACUUUAUCUCCUGUUAAGUCCAGUUAAGUGUAGCCUGUCCUGGCUUACCUGCUGUCCUGUUGAUGUGCCAUAGGAGUUGCAGCCCAAAGGUGGUUAUUUGGAAACAACACAGUCGAGAAAACUUGUUAGAAUUGUCAAGACUUGUCCAAAUACUUUCCUUGGCUACAGUUCCAAUUUUCUGUGCACUUAAUGUCUAUUCGAUCACAGCAAUACAUACAUGGGGGAGGAAGGCAGUAAGAGGCCUAGAAUAAUUAGACAAACCGUACCUUUUCUGUCCCAUUGAUGUGUCACAAAAGGAAAACAGCUUCUCACCAUUUUGGAUGGGAAGCAAGGUUGCCUUAAGGCCUGCUUUCUUUCUAGUUCUAUCCUCUUCCUCUCUACCCUCACCAACAAAGAUGCCACUGUGCAUAUUAUUAAUCUGUGUCUUAAGGCCAUUGAGAGCUGCAGGCGAGUUGAUGCCGGCCCAAGUCAACUUAUUCCAAACACACUCUGAUGAGACUUGGGUUUUUGUCACAUUGCAUAUCUAUACUGAUCUGUGGACUCCCCUGGUUCCAAAGUAUGUAACUUGACACGGCUGCCAAUUUGACAUUUAGCAGCAGCCUGUACGUUGCUGAGCACUAUAAAUACUGUGCUUUCUAGAGAAGCUGAAUGGUGUAGCACUACUCUUGGACUAUUCUCUCUUGCCUUCAUUGUGUCAUAUGCAGUAAGCUCUAGGUUUUUGUUUUGGGGGAUCUUUUUCUUUUCUUUUUCUUUAUCUCCUGUUUUGCAUGGGAUCACCCUUUGUAGCACCUAGUCUUCCUGCUUAUGGGUUCUUUGAUACACAGCCAGCAUCCCUUAUGGAGCCACUCAAGAGAUAGCGAUACCUGUCAGUCUUCGUCGGGUGGGACAAGGACCUUUUGGGGACAAAUUUGACAUAGACUCUAUUCACCAGGCACCUUCUCUUCUCUCUUUCCUUAAAUGUCAAACUACUCAUGGACACACCACUCACCACAGCCUCAUUAAGCAGCUAUACAUGCAUCCUUUUCUGAGGAAAGGGUUAUGCCUCUGUUAUCAUUCCUGAAUGAUCAUUAUAUCCAAUGAGGAGGAGUAUGACACCCAGAUGCUUGUGGAUCAUCUCAAAAUCACUGGCUGGUUCAGUUUGAUAUUUCAUUGCUGCUCAUUGGUUAGCCCCUGAUUUACUCCUUGAACAAACCAGGGUGAUCAUUCUGGUAUAAUGGGCUUCUGGAAGGCUACCCAACCUUUCCUGUUGGUUGACCUCACACAUGGCAGAAGCCCCUCCAUAAAUCUUCAGAGGAAGUUGCCUUCAAAACACUCCCAUUGGCAGUGGCAUUGAAGGAGAAAAAUGGGGAAGGUGACGGCUGAGAAGGCAGCUAGCCACACUUUUGCUGGUUUGGUGCCUCAUACGUUGAGCAUUUGACAUUAUUUGGAAGAGAAGAGGACUACAUGUUGAGCAUGGGGAUGAUGACAGGCUGGAAGCUUUACCUUUUCAUAUAUUGAAAGGUGCUCACCCUCUUGAGUGGCUUGGUAAGUGUGGUGCUAAUGUGUAUAACCCUCCUCAGGUCCCCCCCCCUUCCCCAUGUCCCCCUCUAACGUUUGUUUCUCCUCCCGCCCUUCACUGUGUCAGUCACAGCGCUCUUAAAACUCCCAGCUGGUCUUGUAUUUAUUUUAUGCUUUCAUUCUUCUUUAAUAAGUACAUUACUUGCAAGCAGUGAAUUGAAAACAAAGCAAACGAAUUAAAAACAAAAACAAAUUACCAUUAGUUGGUUGGACAGUUUCUUACUUUGUGUUACAUUUAACUGUUCUUUUGACAGCCCAGUUUUUAAAGCCAGGUUCGUAUGGAAAUGCUUUCACUCCACCUGCACCGCUUUUGGAAAUAGCAUAACAGCUUCAUUUGUCUGUUUCUUUUUAGUGCAUUCAUAACACAACACAUGUAGCACAAUGUCUCAUCUGGGAGGUAGCUGUUUCCUUUUGCAGGAGUGGGAGUACAAGCACAGCUGUUUUUCUGUCAGAACUUCUUGCCAGCCUGAUGUUGACAUUUUUUAUUGAAUAACUUUCCCAAUGUUUGCUGCAUUUUUCCAUAUUAAAAGCCGUGGAAAAGGUUUUUUUAUUUUAAAAAAAACAAAAUAAAAUUUUUUAUCACAACUACAUAUUCCACCCCACCCCGAACAAUCUCAGCAUCCAUUUGUUGACAGAAAUAGAGCCAAGCAGAGUGGUAUGGGCAUACUGAAGGAAUCAAAAGGUUUUCAGGAACACACACAAAAAUCUAAAACACACUCCAAACGGGCUAACCCCUGGCCUUGUAAGCCCCAAUUAGGACUGAGCAUGCUCAGUUGACCAAAAAAUGAGUGCCAGUUGAAAAACAAAUGGAAAACCAGGCUCUUAAUAGUGUAUAGUAUCCAGGAAUAGUGUAUAGUAUCCUGGAACCCUGAACAGGAGCGCUCCUGUUAGGGACUGAGGAUAUGGUGCAGGUCACACUGUUAUUGAACAAAACCAAGUGCCCAUUAACUAUCACCGCACUGACAGCGGAGUCCUGUACAUGCCUAUCCAAAAGUAAGCCCCAUGCAGUUUAGAGGGACUUUCACUCAGGUGUGCGCAGGAUUGUCACUUAAAAUACACAUUAACAUACCCCUACAUUGACGUAUGAAGCUGCCUUGUGCUGGAUCAUAUCAUUGGUCCAGCUAAUUAAGUAUCGUCUACUCUAACUCUAAAGAUUCAGGCAGAGAACUCUUUCUCAGCCCAGCUGUCUGAGACCCCUGGGAUCUUGUAUAUGCAAAUCAUGUGUUCGGUCAUUGAGCUAUGGCCACCCACGGACAUUGUGGUGGGAGAGCACCAUUCAGCUGACUUCCUGAGUUGCUGCAGCUUACUGGGAGGGAGAGAGGCAGGGAGGGUGGUGUCAUGCAAAUGCACCAGGCCAGAAUGGUUCCAUUCCAACUUUUCCCACUGUGCUGACCUCCUCACUGCCUCACCCAUCCCUCUAAGCAGCAACUCAGUUGUCAGGAGGUCAGUUGAGUGCCACUGCCCCAUCAUUCUGCCUGCUAUUGGUUAUGGCCCCGAUUCCAGGGGUUUUCAUGGCAUAUGUGUAAAUUUAAAUGGCUUGAGGAUUGUAAAAGAUAAGACAAUAAAAUUUUGGUGGGGUUAUGUUAAUACUUAUUUUCCAUUCUUUUGUUUUUUGCCUCUGCCAGAAUUUGGCAGGAGCUUCGUUAUAUGAAACAAAGGAGGGCUUCUCCUCCUUUCAGAAAAGGUUUGAGCCAUUGUGCUCAAAUCUGUAUUAAGAAUUGCAGUGAAACAGUAAAGUUCCACAAGACUUCACAAGACACUUUUGGUGACUACAAAGGAGCCAUUUUCCAAAGUGUUUUGAAAAGCACUUCAUCUUAGUGCCCUUUUUUUCCUGUAAGAAUUUUGUAAGCCUUGAGCGCUGAAUUUGAACAAUUGGCUCAGCUCCAUAAUGAAUGAAGCAGGUUAUCUGGAAAGUUUCUUCUGGAAAAAGGGGCAAAUCUCAGUGCCUAAGUUUGAGCUGGAACUUUGAAAGUGGAGUUAAAUGUUAUCUCGACAUGUGGACAUUCCCAAAUCUGUGUCAGGAGAUAAUGGUAAGGGUGAAGAGGGAAGCUUGGUCUGUGCCCUCCCCUCUCUUCAUAUGGCCAUUUUUCUCUUAGCUGCGUUUGCUUCUAGUUUUGGAGCCUAGCUGGGGAAUUAAAAAUAAAAUAACAUUAUGGGAGGGACUAGCAAAGGAGUCUUGCCUUGGAAGGGUUAAACACACACAAAUUGUUCCCUUCAAGCCCCUCUCCCUCAUAUAGGCAUUAGGUAGGAUUGGGAAUCGUGUUACUCUUGGAACAUCUAGUUCCAGCUUAAUUAUGUAUCGGGUGAGGAACCUUUCUGGCUUCAUGGAUCAGAUCCUCAUCAGGAUCAUUCUCAGUGACCAUAUUUGACAGAUGGGCAACGCUGUCCAUCUGUCAGUCCUGUGGUGUCAUGAUGAUGACACGUGAUGGACAGGGGGACAGUCUUGCCCACCUGUAAAAAAAAAAUCCCUUGUGCAGUUCUGCAAGCCUCCUCCCACCCAUUUAAACACUCGGUUAGGAGUUUUAAAGAGGAGCGUGCAAAGACUUUCAAAGGGUUCUGCAAGUCUCCCCACUCUCCCCCCCUGUAAGCACAUGAAAGGGGAGUGCGAGGAGACUUAACAGGGGCUUCAAGACAUCCCUGUGCUCCCAUUCUGGACUCUGAAGGCUGAAAUGUGAGCCUUCCUUUAGCUAAGGUUACCAGACGUCCCCGUAUUUACAAAUCAGUCCCCAUACAAAAUCCAUUGAAGUUGAAAAGUGUCCCCGGAUUCAUUGAAAAAAAGAUCUGGUAACCUUACCUUAUAGCCUGCCUUUAAAUGUGACGACUUCGUUAAAGCACCUUGUAAAAGUGCUGUUUGAAACAGCUCAUGCUACUUCUUUGUUGUGGGCCUCAGCAGGGCCUGCUUGCUUAAAACUGAACUGUUUUAAACAGCACUUCUGCAAAGAGCUUUAAUUCCUGCUCAUCAGCUGAGUGGGGAUUCAGUCCUGCUGCCUUGGCUGCACCAUCCUGUUCUCUGCUGAUAGCAGCGGAUGGGCGUGGCUUGAGGGAAAUUGCUUCUCCGGCCAAAUUGGACACCCUGAUCAGCCAGGAUUGGCCCAAUGGUGAGAGGGUUCCCACCCCUGCCCUAGAUUAUGUGGAAUUUGUGUGAUUUUAAUUCUACCACUGUUGGCUAGUUGCCAAGGAAUAGCUCUGGCAAUGAAUGAUGAAUGCAGCUUCCUCUCAACUUUGCUUCUAAAGUACAGUAAUCCCCCAAGUAUCCAAGCAAACUCCUUAGAUACGCCUGAGCCCCAGGACUUUACUUGUUAUAAAUGCAGCACUUAACCAUAGUAGAAAACCUUUUUAUUUUCUUUAACCGUUGUGCAAAUAGCUGACACCGAAUUGCUGCAGUACUCUCCCCUCCACCUACAUUAAUUUUUGACCAUUUUAAUUUUCUUUUCAAAAGAUGAGACAUUAUGCUUGUUGUGUUUUCUCCCUACAUGCACUAAUGGUUCCUUGCUGUUUUAACCUGUUGCUAGGCCUGUUCCAUUCUAACAUCUUAGUACUUCUGUUAGCUUACAUGUGAAAUGCAUCACCCAGUUUGUGCUUGAGCUCAUUUUAUUUUAUAUUUUAAAAUCCUUUUAAUUGGUUAAUAUUUUCAUUUUGUUUUGUAUUUUUUUACUAACCUCACUGUAUAUUUUCAGUUUAACAAUUGGCUGCAUGCAAUACAUAUAUGUAUAUUAUAUAUCUCUUGUUAUAUAAUAUAUAUAUUAUAAUUAAUUUAUUUUUAUUUUUUUAAGAAAACCCAAUCAAGUCUAGCCUGGAUUUUGCUCUGAUUGUGUUUUGGUUUCUAGUGGUGGGGGCAAGUCUGACACUUAACAACUUAACUUGGUCUCUUUAAAGUCUGACACACAAACAAGUUAAAAAUAAAAAAGCAGACUAAGCACAUCCGUUAGUUUUUCUUUGCACAAAUCAAGUGGUGCUCUCUAGGUGAUGGAUAUGAUUGUAUAAAGUAGCUUGAUUUUAUGCUUUUUAAAUGUCCUUUUUUAUUUUCUCCCCCAUUGCUUCCCCUCCCCUUGUUAUGCACAAAAGUUGCCCAGCACACCAUCAGAAAGUGUGAUGACCCUCCCUGAAACCCUGUUCCUGUGGAAAAAUCUUGCCAGCAGGAUAAUAUUGGACACCGCUUGCUACAGAAGCAUGGCUGGAAGCUGGGCCAGGGCUUGGGGAAAUCUCUCCAGGCAUAAUGAUCCGGGACUUGUUGUGGUGAUGGUAAACUUAGUGGUAAUUUUUAAUUUUCAGACUGAAUUUACUUCUUUUUUUGUCAUCAGAGCACCAAAUAUGUUAGGCUUACUUUUCUCUGUUGUAGCCUUCAUCUUUUCUGCUUGGUCUUUUCAUUUCCCUUUUUUUCCUUUCCAUUUCUUCAUGCACUCUUUCGUGUCUGAUCCUUGUUCAUUGAGGGGUUAAUGCUCAGAAGGGAUGUUUGUGUUAGAGCUGCCAAAAAUUUGUGGAGAAUCACUUCAAAUAUCAAAUUUCUAAUAUUGUCCCAACUUGAUUUCCCGCCUCCCUUCUCCCAACAUGUGGUGGGUGUUGUUAGCAGUUGCUAUGGCAAUUUUCUAGCUAAUUGAAAAACUAAAAACUUUGACUGCCUUAGAAAGCAAAAGUACUGAUGCAUUCUUCAUAUUAUGAAGGAGCCCGCCACAAUCACAAACUUGGAUACAACAAUCACAACUCUUGAAGAAAACAAAACAAACAUUUUUUGGGGUAGGGAAAUGUGUAUAGUUUUUUAAUAAGCUAUCAUGAAUUUGGUCCUUUUGCUCAAAAUUGCAGUCACUGCUUCUUAUACCAUUGGGCAUAAAAUCCCCUCCCGACCCCCCUUUAUACUGAAAACGUGCAUAUACCUAUAUAAAAGUUACAUUGGUGGAAAAUGCUAUUAGAGAGACCAGUUUUUCUAGAUUUGAAUCUUUUCAGUCCAGUCCGACAUUCCAAAUUAUAAAUAUAUUGAAAAUGGUUCUGCUAUAUGAGACACUUGUUUGGUUUGGAACCAUGCUGAUAUUCAUUCCCAAGUUAAAUUUAUGUCUGGAAGAGUUUGGAAUUGGUUUCUCUUUGUUUUGAUGGCACUUCAAGUGCAAAGAACUCUUCACGCUUUAUUAUUAUUAUUAUUAAAAAACUCCUCACAAUGAUCUUGUGAGGAAGGCCACAAUUCAUACUGCAGAGAUAAGGAGCAGAGGCAAGGCCACCCGAGUCCUUUGACAGAGGUGAGAUGUGAACCCAGGUCUCUUAAGUGCAGCCCUCUGUCAGCUGGACUACACUAGCUCUAAAAAGUCGAAAGGUGUUGAUAGCUAACUUUUUGAGACAUGGGUUCUCUAAAGCAAUACCUCUUGUGCCAUGUGGAUUGGUUUUGACAAUCUGGUCUCCUUAUUUUGGCACAACUCAAGCUUGGACAUCUUUUGGCCCAAGGGUAUAAUAAUAUGUGUAUUUGUGUGUAUAACAAAGAGAGUAUAUUAUUGACACCGAUCCCCCCAAGACAGAUAAUAAGGGAAGUAAACGUUCUGUUUUUUCACUCAAGGUAUGCACCGGAUAAGGAAGGACAGAUCCCAUCCCGAUUGUCGUCAAAUAUGAUGUCAUGGGCAUGGGACGGAUGGAAAUGGAGCUUGAUUAUGCCGAAGACGCCACAGAACGGAGGCGGGUCUUGGAAGUGGAGAAGGAAGACACCGAAGAACUGAGACAGAAGUACAAGGAUUAUGUGGACAAAGAAAAGGCGAUUGCCAAGGCCCUUGAGGACCUUCGAGCAAAUUUUUACUGUGAGCUCUGUGAUAAGCAGUACCAGAAGCAUCAAGAGUUUGACAACCACAUCAGUUCCUAUGACCACGCUCACAAACAGAGGUUGAAGGAUCUCAAGCAAAGGGAGUUUGCUCGCAAUGUUUCCUCGAGAUCCCGGAAAGAUGAGAGGAAGCAGGAGAAAGCCCUCCGUCGUCUCCACGAGUUGGCUGAGCAGAGGAAGCAACCUGAAUGUGCUCCAGGAAGCGGGCCGAUGUUUAGAACGACUACUGUGGCAGUAGAUGAGGAAGGAGGAGAGGAUGACGUUGAUUCAGCAGCUCCCAGCAGUUGCUGCUCUUUUUCACCAGCUCCUGGGCCGGUUGCCAGUAUGACCACAGACAAGGGUCUUGUUUGUGCCACUGGGCAAACUAGUAGCAACAUCGGGCUUGGGCAGGUACCUGUCCAGGUACCGCAAGCCAUCAGCUCAGGGGUUAACCCUCUUAAGAUAGGCGUGUCUUUCUCAUUUGCCAAAAAAGCCCCAGUGAAACUAGAGUCAAUUGCCUCCGUCUUCAAAGACCACGUUGAUGAGUCCAGUUCUCCCGAUGACGAAAUCAAAGCAGAUGAGAAAGCCCAGCCUGAUCCUGGAGCCUUGGGGAAAUUUGCGGAGGUCGAGGGGACAAACAGCCCUGACAGCAAAGGCGACGAAGAGGAGCAAGCACACGAGAAGGAAGGUCUAAACACCACCCUGUCAAAACUGAAUGUAGCACUAGAGCCAGAGUAUUACCACUACAUCCCGCCUGCUCACUGCAAGGUGAAGCCAAACUUCCAGUUCCUGCUCUUUAUGAAAGCCACAGAGCAAGUCGAAGCAGAAGCCAUGAGCAAGAAAAUGGCACAUGAAAGGAAGCGGAGCAACUCGCCAAAACCCAAAGCGGCAAAGAAUGGUGAGAAGGUGACAGCAGCAGAGUGUGCCACCCACCAGAAGGAACCGAGUCCUUCCAGCAAAGGCAGCAAAACUGAAGUUAAAGACCCUCCAGAAGAGGCCGGCGGGCAGGAAGGCAAGCCACUCAAGGGAAGCGGUUCUGCAGAGUCUGAGGUCGCCAAAGAGCUUCCUCAGGUUGCGUCAACCAGUAAAGAAGGCACAGACGGGCCAAAGCAUUUGACAGGACCUUUCUUCCCCGUGCUCAGUAAAGACGAGAGCACCACCCUCCAGUGGCCUUCAGAACUGCUGAUCUUCACCAAAGCAGAGCCCUCUGUGUCGUACAGCUGCAAUCCCUUGUAUUUUGACUUUAAGCUGUCUCGCAACAAAGACAUUAAAGCUAAAGGGGCGGAGAAACAGAAAGCUGCAAGCAGCCUUCCCAAGGAGAAAGCGCCGUCUGCUGAAGAGGGCAGCCUGAGCAAGAGCAAAGAGGUGGGCGCUCCUGCGGGCACCUCCACAGCAGUGCCGGAGAGCAAGUCCCUGUCUGCCUGCAGCAAGCAGGAGCCCAAUCCUGUGUCGGCUGGCAAGGGUGAGGGGCCAGAAGACAGCAGCAAAGGCAGCCUUGUUGGCCGCAAGGACAAAGUGGGGAAAUCCCACAAGCACAAGAAGAAGAAGAAGCACAAGAAGUCCACAAAACACAAACGCAGGCGCAAAGGCGAGGCAGAAGACAAAAGCAGGGAUGGGGACCUGGCAGAAGAGAAAUCCAAGAAGCGGAAGAAACACAAACACAAAAAGAGCAAGCCUUCCUUUGCCACGGAGCUGGAGCGGACGCAAGGGGCCGACGAAACUGGCCACCUCAAGAAAAGAAAGUGGUGUGCUCAAGACUCUCAGCGGAAGUCUCUUUCCACCGAAGAAAGCAGCAACAAGAAAGAGGACGGCGGAACCUCUUCCCAAGAUCACGGUGGCAAAAAACUCAAAGGGGACCCGCAGCAGGCAUCAUCCACUGCCAAGAGGCGGGCCUCCACCUCCGCCCACUCCAGCCACAGAGGCCGGCAGAGCAGCGGUGGCUACGAGAGCGACGAGGAUUCCUGCCACAAGCACUUCCGACAAAAGUCUGCUUCGCAGUACAGUGACGAUUACGACUCUGGCAGCAACUGUUCCCGAAGCCGCUCCCGGUCAGGGCGUCGGCAUUCCUCCCGAAGGUCAUCCCAGAGGUCCUACUCAACGAGUUCAUAUGCCUCCUCUGACAACAGCCGGUACAGCCGGCGGCGCAGCUACUCAGAAGACAGCUACAGUGACUACAGCGACCGCUCUCGGAGCCACACCAAGCGCUCCCACGACUCAGAGGACGAUUCUGACUACGCCAGUUCCAAGCGCAGGUCGAAACGGCACAAAUACUCUUCUUCGGAAGACGACUACAGCCUGAGCAGGAGCAGAUCACGGAGCCGGAGCCGAACCCACACCAGGGGGAGAUCGAGGACGAGAAGCCGGGGCAGGACGCGCAGCAGCAGCUGUAGCCACAGCCGGUGUAAGCGGCGGAGCCGCAGCCGGACUGGGCACAGCUGGAAACGGAGCAGGAGCUACAGCCGGGAGCGCAGCCGGAGUGCCAGGAGCCUCUCCCAGCGGUCCGUCUCCAGGAAGGGGUCACGUGGCCAUGAAAGCCUUGGGGAGAGGAGAUCCGCACGGCGAGACUUUAUCCGCUCAAAGAUCUACCGCUCCCAGUCCCCCCACUAUUUCAGAGGCAGACCAGGGGAAGGGCCCACGAGGAAGGAGGAAGCAAGAGGCGAUGAAGCGACAGGGACCACUACCAGCCUCUCCCAAAACAGCGGCAACUCCAGCCUGGGGAGCAACUGCAGCUCUGAGGAGAAGAACUCCGCCACGGCUAAGCUCCUCCUGGAAAAAGUUCAGUCCAGGAAGGUGGAGAAGAAGCCCAGCGGCAGCGAGGACUCUCCCUCAGGGCCUCACAAGGUUGGGAUCAAGCUGAAAGAUCCCCCGCAAGGCUACUUUGGCCCAAAGCUCCCUCCCUCCCUAGGCAACAAGCCCGUCCUUCCCUUGAUCGGGAAGCUGCCCACAGUCCGAAAGCCAAACGCCAAGCAGUGUGAGGAGUCUGGAUUAGGACUGGGGACCGGGGAGGAGCUGGAGCUGCCUGAGCUCGACGAAACCCCCCACGAUGUCGGGGAGGCAGCUGCAGCAAGCCAACCCACACUGGAUGAAACUCUGGUGAUAGAGACCCAGGAGAGCCUUCUGGGAGAUCAAAAGCCAGAAGAAGCGGCCGUGGACAUGGCUCCCAUGCCCCUGGAGCCGCCAGCCCUCCCAGAACACUUUGGAUCCGGCGACCUGCCCGUGCCGCACCCGUUCCCUGCCCCCGCGGAAAGCGAAGCUGCCGAGCCUCUGGACGGCAGCGCUCAGCCCGUCUCCCUCGAAGGCAGGAUGGUGCCCCUGGCCCCCGAAGUGGAGCCCUUCCCCAGCUACGUCCCACACAGCGCGGAGCCGAGCAUCAGCGGGGAGCCGGAAGGCAGCGAAGACUCUUCCCUGGCGCCACUGGAAAGCCAGCCCAUCACCUUCACCCCGGAGGAGAUGGAGAAGUACAGCAAGCUCCAGCAGGCUGCCCAGCAGCACAUCCAGCAGCAGCUCCUGGCCAAGCAGGUCAAGGCCUUCCCAGCCUCUGCCGCCCUGGCUCCAGCCACAACUCCUGCCUUGCAGCCUAUCCACAUCCAGCAGCCAGCCGCAGCCGCAGCCACCUCCAUCACCACCGUGCAGCACGCCAUUCUGCAGCACCACGCGGCCGCCGCGGCCGCAGCCAUUGGCAUCCACCCCCACCCUCACCCUCAGCCUCUUGCUCAAGUGCACCAUAUCCCUCAGCCCCACUUGACCCCCAUCUCCUUGUCCCACUUGACCCACUCCAUCAUCCCAGGGCACCCCGCCACCUUCCUGGCCAGCCACCCCAUCCAUAUCAUCCCCGCUUCUGCCAUCCACCCGGGUCCAUUCACUUUCCAUCCCGUCCACCACGCUGCCCUCUACCCGACCCUCCUGGCACCCCGGCCAGCGACAGCUGCUGCCACGGCGUUGCACCUCCACCCUCUCCUGCACCCCAUUUUCUCAGGACAGGAUUUGCAGCACCCUCCCAGCCACGGCACAUGAAGGAACGAGAGAGGCAGCCUCUAUCGGGGAGGGGAGGGUUAGGGGAAAAGAGAGGACAGGGGCAUGUCUGUCUGUCUCUGUGCGUGUGCAUCAGUCUCUCUCGUUCUACGGGAAGGCGGGGGCUGUCUCUGGACCUGAGAACAGCCCAAGAAGGGGGAGGAUUAGGCAGGGGCAGGGAGGCUCAAGGGAACAGGCCUGUGAAAGAUGGGAGAGCUGUGCUGCUGCUGGUUUGCUUGUAAGGAUAUUCAGGGGGCUCGUGUGCCCGGGGAGGUGGCUACUUCGCUGCUUCAGGGAUGUGCAGCCCUUUAGCAAAUGCACCCCUUUUUAAUUUCCAAUUCACGUAUUAUGAAUCAUUUACUACCCACUCUGAAGACCUAAAUAAAGUGGGUAUACACAUCUAUCUUAUUUGGGCAUCAAUAUCAAGUAUAAAGCGUGAAAGUUAAUGAUUUGAAUCCACCUUAAAGCUUAACCCGAGCAUCAGAACCAAGAAACACUCAGCACUUGCUCCAUCUCCUCUGUUGCCCUCUCCCCUCUCUCCAGCUCAUAUUCGGGGAGCCAUGUUCAGCAGCCCCCACUGAGCACCACAAACUGGGAAGUUGCUUUUCAGUGACCAGUUUCCACCACCACCACCCCCCAGACCAGCUUGGCAGUGCUCUCCUUCCUACACACCCUUUACGACGCUGCUGAGAGAGCAGAGAGCAAUUCCUUGAAGCAAUAUGUUGUACUGGAGUCCUGUGAACAUCCUGAACAUGACUCUGUAACUUGUACUCUUUUUCCUCUGUAAUAUUGAUGGUUCCUUAUUAACUUAUGGUGUGUGUUUUUUUUCAGAAGAAGAAAAAAAAAGAAUUUAAGAAAUUGCACUGAACUCUGUACAUGUCAAUGCUGCUUUUUGUAGCUCCUCUGACAAAUGUUCCAUAUUGAUAGUAUACCGCAAUAACAUUUUUUACAGCCCGUUCUUUGAGUGGUACCCGUUCAGGUGGCUUUAGUUAUCUAUACAUUUUAACGUAGUUGGGAAGGAAAUUCUCGUCAAAGGUUCAAUGCUUCUAGUUAUGGCUAGGGCACAAAAUGAUUUGAAGCAUGUAUAUUUUAAUUGAGCUCAUUUUUUAAAAAAUGUACCAUUAAAAAAAGACGUUCAUUUUAUAGGAGAAAACGUCACAGGAUUUGGAAAUAAACAAAGGAGCAGUGACCUGGACUCCUUUGUCCCAUAGCUAACAAAGUCCAUCCUGUGUAAAAUGACAUCUCUUGUAACUCCUGUGAAAAGGCAGGUUUGUGAGGCAGAUGAGGCGUCGUUCACUGUGUGCUUCAGUCGGUAGCCAGGCCCCUUAAGUUUGAGAGAAACAGUCCGUUUGUUUGGCAAAGCAAACAGUCGCUUUCUGGUCACAGGAAUAUAUGAGACCCACACAAAAAACCCCACAACAACACCCAAGAGCCCAGCUAUUUUCCCUGGAUUCAACCACUUGUCAUUGCAACAACAACAUAGCUUCUAGGUGUGGAUGGGUGUGUGUGUGUUAAGGCUCCUUGUUUUCAAAUAUGUGCCUUUUUUAUGUUUUGGAGAGGUUUUGAGUGGUGUGUUUUCGUUCCGAAUCCCUUUCCUUUUUUUUCUUCCUCUUGGGGUUUUCUUCUAUGGGGUGCCCUUUCCUCACAGCUGCCCCUUGAGAGAAAAGACCACCUCCCCAGGGUGUGGCCCCAAAUUAAACUAGAAAGCGGGGGCUCCUGGAAUCUCAAGGUUCUUUUGCUGAGUGCAAAAAGAGGCCGAGAUCCUGCAAAGCAGUGGCUGUUUUGGGACACGUGUCCAGACCCAAAGGGCACUACUUGCUUGUAUAUCCUGAGAUGCGGCCUCCCAUUUCAGAAAUUCAGAAAUAACCACUGCUGGCUGCUGCCCUGAAAUGGCAAGACUAUGGGACUGCUUUUAAGCUUCCUUACCCUUGGCUACAACGAGGCAAGCACUGGAAACUGCUGCUGUGACAAAGGGACUCGGUUCUUGGUAGUCGCUGUAGAUAAUUCAAGAAGUAACAGUAUUAAUUUCUCAGUGCUUCAUUCCCUUGAGGUUCAGACGGGAGACGCAGCACCCCAGCAGGGAGGAGGAGACUGGACUUCCACAAGAGUGCUUACCACAAAAGAGAACGCACUAUUACUUCAGUAUCGGCAGGCUAUAUUUAACUUUUGUCACAUAAAAAGUAUAUAUAUAAAUAUAUAUACAUGCUGUAAAAAUGAGGAAAAUAAACUUUCUAAUAAACUAGUAAUUUGGGGGAAA